ACCGCGGACACUGCUACCCCGUGUCCAGUUGAACUUUCCACUAACCCAACCGCUCAGCAUUCCGCGGUUCCAGACAUAAAGAAAUCCCGCCGGAAACUUCGGGAUCGCCCAGUGCAGACUUACGCGAUAAAAGACGGCGAUGCAAAAAUGGAAGGGAAUCAUAUGUCGCUUCCGGACUCUGCAGAUAACAAACCCCUCUUGGACGAUUCUGAGUUUGAAGUUGUUGAAGCCCCAUUCUUAUCCUCAUGUUCUCCUGGUCCCUCCUCUGAAUCAGAUCACGGCAUCACUAACAUUAACCCAACAACAACAGUUUCCGCGUCUGCUGAGAUUCCAUCCAUCUCCAGCAUCGAGGAGUUUCCCGGUAAUCGGCAUCUGUUAGUGCGUACCACUCGCUCCGUUAAACCUCUUUACGCCGGGGAACAUGUUGGCGCUAGGAAGUUAGACUACUCACUAAUAAGUUAA